AAUGGAGAAAAAUCCUGCCAGCUGCUCCAGCUCCAGAAGGCGGCAGUGGUACUGUUGGGAAAAGUGGAAGAGCGCUUUGAUUACCGUCCAAAAACUGAUCCUUACUGCCAAGCUCGUUAUACGUUCUGUCCCACUGGCUCUGCCAUUCCACUGAUGAAAGAAGAAGAUGCCAUUGAAGUUUACCGAUUACAGGCUCCAGUGUGGGAAUUCAAAUACGGGGACCUACUUGGACAUUUGAAAAUUAUGCAUGAUGCUGUGGGCUUCAGGAGCUCUCUGACUGGCAAAAACUACACAAUGGAGUGGUACGAACUCUUCCAGCUUGGGAACUGCACAUUUCCGCACCUCCGGCCUGGCAUGGAUGCGCCAUUCUGGUGCAACCAGGGAGCUGCCUGCUUCUAUGAAGGAAUAGAUGAUGCACACUGGAAGGAAAACGGAACUUUGGUUCUCGUGACCACAAUAUCAGGAACCAUGUUUAAUGAAAUGGCAAAAUGGGUGAAGUAUGACAAUGAGACUGGCAUUUAUUAUGAGACCUGGACAGUUCAAGCAAGUCCUGACAAACAAUCAGUUGUAUGGUUUGACUCUUAUGAAUGCUCUAAAUUUAUACUGAGAACAUUCCAGAAGCUAGCUGACUUAGGAGCUAUAUUUAAUAAGAUACAAACAAACUAUACCAGCAUAAUUUUAUUCAGUGGAGAACCCAUUUAUUUGGGAAAUGAAACGUCUAUUUUUGGACCUGCAGGAAACAAGACUUUGGCUGCAGCUAUAAGAGACUUCUACUAUCCGUUCAGACCUCAUCGGACAGUUGGAGAGUUCGUCGUGGAUCUUUUAAAAAUAAUUGAUCGUGUCAUUUUGAAUCAUCAGUUUUACCUCUUUUACAACUUGGAAUACUGGUUUUUACCUAUGAAAUCUCCUUACCUCAAAAUAAUUUAUGAAGAAAUCCCUUUACCUAAUGGCAGCAAAACAUUCUUUGCUUUAUGAGAACCUGAGAACUUGAGAACCAACCUUGCCGUUCACCAGGAUAUGCUUCAAAAAUUUGGAGAGUUACUGGGAUGUUAUUAAAAUGUUGUGUACUUCACUGCUAGCCGUAAAAGUUGCUUUGGGAAGAUUUUGCUAGACCAGGUGAAAUAAUGACUUUUUUCUUGUCAGCUGCCAAAAGUCCCUGAACGCUUGAACAGCUUUGACUUGGCCAGCUUCCAUGUAACCACAGUCACUGGACAUUGGAUGACCCUCCGAUGUGGCUACACCUCUGGCUAAACUGCAGCAUGCCGGGAGGGUGAAGGAGAGGCAGCCUGCCUGGCCUGCUCUCAGGUUCUCUCCACAGAAAUGGCUUUAUGGGAACAGAUGGCUACUGAUAGCAAUGGGACACACAGACUCGAAGGCUUUUUUUUUUGGUCUGACUAACUCAGCUGUCCAGGUGUAGGAGCUAACAAACACGAGUGCCUAGAUGUACUCAGUUUCCUCAACAGGUGCCUUAGAUCUGUAUUUCUUUGGUUUCUUUUGUGCACCUAGGAUCUAUGAACUGUUCUCUGAUUCAUAACAUAGCUGCUUACCAAGGUGGGGAGGGGGCAAGUGAAUUUAUGAGAAGAUGGUAUGGAUGUUACCUUGUCACUUUCCUCAUCUGCAUUGUAAACUUAAUACAGACAGCUCUUCCUUCA